AUGGCCGCCACCACGCCGCUUCGCGACUGUCAGGCGUGGAAGGAUGCCCGGCUGCCACUCUCAACACCAAGCAAUGAGGCCUGCAGGCUGUUUGACGCCACCCUGACCCAGUACGUAAAAUGGACCAACGACCAGGGCCUUGGUGGCAUUGAGAGCUGCCUGUCAAAGCUCAAAGCGGCAGAUCCGACCUUCGCCAUGGGCCACGCCAUCGCUAAUGGCCUCGUGCUGAUUGGCACCGGAAGCUCCGUGAGGCUGGACAAAGAGCUGGAUGUGGCCGUGAAGACGAUGGUGGAGAUUUCCAAAACCCAGCCCCUGACCCAUCGGGAGCAGCUGCACGUGUCUGCAGUAGAGACCUUUGCCAAGGGGAACUUCCCGAAAGCCUGUGAGCUGUGGGAGCAGAUUCUCCGGGACCACCCAACAGACAUGUUGGCCCUGAAGUUUUCCCACGAUGCCUACUUUUACCUGGGCUACCAGGAGCAGAUGCGAGAUUCCGUGGCUCGAGUUUAUCCCUUCUGGACGCCCGACAUCCCCCUGAGCAGCUACGUGAAAGGCAUCUAUUCUUUCGGACUAAUGGAAACCAAUCUCUAUGAUCGGGCGGAAAAGCUCGCCAAAGAGGCUUUGUCCAUUAACCCGACUGAUGCGUGGUCGGUGCACACCAUUGCACAUAUUCAUGAGAUGAAAGCGGAGGUCCGGGAAGGCCUGGAGUUCAUGCAGCACUCGGAAGCCCACUGGAAGGCCUCUGACAUGCUUGCUUGUCAUAAUUAUUGGCAUUGGGCCUUAUAUCUGAUCGAAAAGGGCGAAUACGAGGCUGCGCUGACCAUUUACGAUGACCACAUCCUGCCCAGCCUGCAGGCCAGCGGGGCGAUGCUGGACGUGGUGGACAGCUGCUCCAUGCUGUACCGGCUGCAGAUGGAAGGGGUCUCCGUGGGCGAGCGGUGGCAGGACGUCCUGUCUGUGACCCGGAAGCACAGCCGAGACCACGUCCUGCUCUUCAACGACGCACACUUCCUGAUGGCAUCGCUGGGCGCGGGGGACACCCAGACCACACAGGAGCUGCUGACCACCCUGCGGGAUGCCGGCGAGUCCCCAGGGGAGAACUGUCAGCACCUCCUGGCCCGCGACGUGGGGCUGCCCCUGUGCCAGGCCCUGGUGGAGGCCCAGGACGGGAGCCCCGACCGCGUGGUGGAGCUGCUCCUGCCCAUCCGCUACCGGCUGGUCCAGAUCGGAGGCAGCAACGCCCAGAGAGACGUCUUCAACCAGUUACUGGUUCACGCGGCCUUGAACUGCUCGUCUGGCCUCCACAAGCACGUGGCCCGGAGCCUUCUGAUGGAGCGAGAUGCCUUAAAGCCCAACUCCCCCCUGACCGCCAGGCUCAUCCGCAAGGCGGCCGCCGUCCACCUCCUGUAG